AUGACCGAGAGACUCAAAAAUCGUCCGCCAAACGUGCCAAUAGCCCAAUUUAAGAGUCUCUGUGCUUAUUGGAGUAAGGAAACUAUACAAGCAAUCAGUGAAAAUAACACUAGAAAUAGAGCUCAACUAAAGUGGAUGCAUCGAAUGGAUCCCAAAAACUUUGCUUUGACUCGUGAAAAAGUGCGUGAAAAGGAAAAAAGAGAGCUCACUCAAUCAGAAAUGUUUGUUGAAACUCGAAAAGGAAAUAAAGGAAAGGAACUGGAUGUAGAAACUGGAAAAGUAAUUUCCCAACUUCAAGAAAUGGUUGAAAAGGAGGAAAGUGAUGCAGAAGCUUUUAAAGUUUUUUUUGGAAAGGAGUGUCCAGGCAGGGUACGCUGUUAUGGGAGAAACAUAACUAAAACUUCCUUAAAGAGAAAGGUAGAGAUUAAUGCUUUGAAACAAGCCCACAGUGAAAAGGUCUCUACAUUAAGGAACGAGUUUCAAGAUAAGAUUGAUAGAUUGCAAAAUGCUUUUAAGACCGUAAUACAACAAUGCAAUCCUCAAAUUAAUAUAGAGUCAAUUGAAGAUUUGUUAGGAUUAUCUCAUAGAGAUGCUAAUAGUUCCCCAAAGGAUAUAAGACCGCAAAUGCAUUCAUCUACAUCAACUCAUGCUCCAUGUCAUGGAAAGUGA